CCCCGCGCCCUGUGCCCCUCGCGGCGGGCGGCGCGGCCAUGAGGCUGCGGGGACGCGGUCCCCGGGCCGCCCCCGCCUCCAGUGCCGCCUCCAGCGCGGGGGCCGGCGACGCGCGGCUGCUGGCUCCCCCGGGGCGGAACCCCUUCGUGCACGAGCUGCGCCUCAGCGCCCUGCGAAAGGCCCAGGUCACCCUCAUGACGCUGACGCUCUUCCCCCUCCGGCUGCUGGUUGCCACCUUCAUGAUGCUCCUUGCCUGGCCCAUUGUGCUCGUGGCGUCACUGGGAUCUGCAGAGCAGGAACCCACGCAGCCCCCCGCCUUGUGGAGGAGGGUCGUGGACUUCCUGCUCAGGGCCAUCUUGCGCACCAUGUGGUUUGCUGGCGGCUUCCACCGGGUGAUUGUGAAGGGGCGGCAGGCCCUGCCCACCGAGGCAGCCAUCCUCACCCUGGCACCGCACUCGUCCUAUUUCGAUGCCAUCCCCAUCACCAUGACGAUGUCCUCCAUCGUGAUGAAGGCAGAGAGCAGAGACAUCCCAAUAUGGGGAACUCUGAUGCAGCACAUCCGGCCACUGUUGGUGUCGCGGUCGGACAAGGACUCCCGCAGGAAGACGGUGGAAGAGAUCAAGAGGCGCGCCCAGUCGAACGGAAAGUGGCCGCAGAUAAUGAUUUUCCCCGAGGGCACGUGCACCAACAGGACUUGCCUGAUUACCUUCAAGCCUGGAGCCUUUAUUCCGGGAGUCCCUGUCCAGCCGGUGGUUUUACGGUACCCAAACAAGCUGGACACCAUCACAUGGACGUGGCAAGGCCCCGGAGCGUUGAAAAUCCUGUGGCUCACGCUGUGUCAGUUUCACAAUCAAGUGGAAAUUGAGUUCCUCCCCGUGUACAGCCCUUCAGAGGCGGAGAAGAAGGAUCCUGUGCUGUACGCCAGCAACGUGCGGCGCGUCAUGGCAGCGGCCCUGGGCGUCCCCGUAACCGACUACACAUAUGAGGACUGCCAGCUGGCCCUGGCGGAAGGACAGCUUCGUCUCCCCGCCGAUACCUGCCUUCUGGAAUUCGCCAGGCUGGUGAGGGGCCUGGGCCUAAAACCAGAAAAACUCGAGCAGGAUCUGGAUAGAUACGCAGAAAGUGCGAAGACAAGGCGAGGAGAGAAGAUCCGUCUGGCGGAGUUCGCGGCCUUCCUGCAGGUCCCGGCCUCGGCCGCAGUGGAAGACUUGUUCUCCCUGUUUGACGAGAGCGGAGGUGGCGAGAUGGACCUGCGGGAGUACGUGGUCGCCUUGUCUGUCGUCUGCCGGCCAUCCCAGACCCUGGACACCAUGCAGCUGGCGUUCAAGAUGUACGGGUCUGAGGAGGACGGCAGCAUAGACGAAGACGCCCUGUCCAGCAUCCUCAAGACCGCCUUAGGGGUGGCCGAGCUGACCGUGACCGACCUUUUCCGGGCGAUCGACCAGGAGGAGAAGGAGAAGAUCACGUUUGCUGACUUCAACAGGCUGGCAGAGACAUCCCCCAACUUUGCAGAGGAGUACCUGUACCCCAGCCAGACGCGCCCUGACAGCCCCGCCCAGCCCCCGCCGGCUCCAGCCCCCAACGGCUUCUGCGUUGACUUCAGCCCUAAAAGCUCGGACGCUGGGGAGAAGCCUUUUCAUAAGAAACUGGACUAGGACGGAAGGUUCUGGAGAGACGAGGCCUCUCCUGCCCCAGUGCCGGUGCCACCCCACCACCACGUGGCGCCAGUCCCGUCUGCCAUGCCAGCCCUGGGUUCUGCUCUCCCACAGACGCCGCGUUCACGUCCUCAGGCCCGAGUCCUGGGAGACCCAGGCGUGGUUCUGACCCUGUUUCUUUGUGAAGAGCCCGGCAUGUGGGAGGGCCCCGCUGCAGAGCCAUGGAGGGGACCCGCGCAUGGCCUGCCCUGCCUGCCUCGGCCGGCUCCACGCACCCUCCCUUCCGGGGCAGGCAGGCGGGCAGGGGGCUCGGUGUGGCUUGUUCUCCCUGGGCCCCCAGUUCUCAGUGUCCCUCACGGUUCUCCCUCUGUCCUCCUGGGUCAGCCCUCCGUCUCCGCGUGCACAGCAGACGGGUCCCGGGCGUGUGAUUCCGGCACAGAACCAUCACCCACUGCGUGGCGUCCGCGUGCAGAGCCGCCCCUGGUUUUUAAAGUUUCUAUAUUUGUGGGAGCUCACAAGCAUUUUAUAAACUUCAUUUAGAUACUUCAGGAAACAUUCAGCAUUUUUUUAAAAAACAAAAGAGAUUGUUUUUCUACACUUCAUUUUCGUUUGAGGGUCAGAGGACAUCUGUUUAUGGGCCUGACUUUGAGAGAAGCUGUCCGGGCUUCGACUCCCUUCUCUGCAGCCCCUGAGCUGGGUCCACGCCGGCGUCUGGGCCCCACGGCGCCGGCCGGCCGCCCUCUCCCUGCCCGUCCUCCUAAAGCCCCUGUUUAUACACGUGACCCGCUGGGUGUUGGUUUCUGUGUCACGUGAUCUGCUUCGCUGUGCGUGGACUCGAUCAACGCGGGGUGCUGGGGAGCGGCUGAGGCAGGGUGCGGACAGCCCGCCUGCUUCUUGGUGGUGGAUGUGGCUUGGCUUGGCACGGCAGAUCCUGGUGGGAGGCAGCCCAUUGUCCCCUUUGCUCGGGUCCCGGGUAAGAUCGGGCGCAGCGGCCGCCCCCGUGCGUCUGGCUGACGUGCCUCUGAAGACAGAGGAGCCGUGUGGAAGGGAACGGCGUGGGGAGCACAGGAGCACACUGAGGGUGUCCAGUGACAGCCUCGUGCCACGGUGACAGGGGUGGCAUCGACUCCAUGAGACGUCUGUCUGCAAGCGUGGGGUCGGGUCCCCUCUCUGAGCCUGAGGUGCUCCAGGCACGCGGAAGGUGACACUCGUCACCUGAUUCAUGCCUCGUGACAUCACUGGCACGUGUCUUUAAAGCACAGUCAUUGCCACAGACUCUGGUUUGUUCCUGAAACAGCCUCUAGGUCUGUUUGGGGAAAAGACUUAUUUUGAGUUUCUAAGACGAAUUGGAUUUUAUAUUUAGGGCGUCUCAGUAGAAAGCAACCCCCAGGGCUAGAAGUGCGGGGAAAAAGUCUGCUGCCUCCCCGAGAUGCACGACACCCACUUCUGCCCCUGGACCUUAGAAACGAGGUGUUGGCUUCCAGGCACGGUCCCUCCGCCUCCUCCCAGCAUGCACCUGCCAGGCGGGACAGGGUGCUGGGUUGAUUCCAGGGCCCUCGGCUCCUCGGACACAAAGGCAUCCAGUGCAGCCCUGGUAGCUAGAAGUAACUGAUUUUAUAAUCAUAGAUGCAUAAAGAGUCAUUUUUGAAAGAGAAAAACCUGCAAAUGACCAAUGAAGGGGGUGAACAAACUAAGAUAUUCCGGGGGAAGGAGCCGACUGGCCUCCGUCCUUCAUGUCUGCGGAUGAAGAGCUUUUUGAAUGAAAAGCUGCUGCAUUUUCAGGAAAAAGUCUCUGAGAAGCAGACUGGGAAUGGAUGUUUGUCCCUCCUGAUUCUUUCCCCUUCCUCAGCAGCGCGGCAUCCGCGGGCCGUCAGAGCUGUGAGUGUGUAGUUUGAGUUAAAUCCCUUUCUGUGAGAUGAGGACAGACGGGCAGCUGCGGCCGGCCCCCCUGCAGGGUCCCACUGGGCACGAGGUCGAGGGUGGGUGCGUGGCGGGGAGCCGGGAUGUCAAUGGAAUGAAUAAAACGUACACUUGAGGAUGCA